CCCGGAUAUGACAGAAAUAUCAGUAGAUUGAAUGACCCUGGGGUGAUACAGGUGCAUCGUGCUUCUACAUUGUAGUAAGAUUUCUACGUCUACUAAAGAGCACACUACACGUCAAGUUUGUGCUGCUUUGUCUCUACUUCGAGAAGAACUCACUUGCUGUUUCUAAAUGUGCCUGUUAUGUCUGGGACUGAAAUUCUUUUGCAGCACGAGGACAGAAUUUUGGAAGAGGGUGUGGCCCGGUCAGCUCCAGCAAAGACCCGAAGCAAGCUAAAGUCUAGAAAAGAUAUCCUUUCUCCGUCAGAGCAACUAAGAAGAGGGCGCUAUGAACAUCAUGAUGAUACGUAUGUCGACGCCUGCCAACUUCCAUUGAUUGACUGCAGAAGUCUUUGUUGCAGGGAAGUCUAUGUCAACUUGCUGCAGCUGCGAGAAGAAAUUGCGAUUUCAUCACGAAGGGCUUCUUACGAUGAUGAAAUCGAUGACGAAAACGAACCGUAUGAGACAGAUUUGGAACAUUUACAGGAUGUCAGAAAUGCAGUGAAACAUCUGAGAGCCGUUCCUGUAUUCAUGAAAAACAAACUCGAAAUCUUACAACUUGCCCAAGAGCUUGAGUCCAAAAAAAUGGAUCACUUGUCGAAGUUUGACAACUGGAAGUAUACCUCUCACAAAUGGAAAGAAAAUACUGCACAGUUUUUGUAUGCUAUUGUGAAGUUUGUGACUCCAUGGCAGUCUUUAAUUGCGAAGACAGAACAUCGCUUGGGAUCUGGAGUAGCUUCAUACUUUGUUUUUCUUCGUUGGCUGUUGGGACUGAACCUCUUCAUGUUUCUUCUCCUAUUAGGAUUUGUGAUUCUACCGCAGGUGAGAGCCCUCGAUUUAAUUGGUUACCCUCUGGGUGUGCACACGUUUACAGAAAGCUUACAUUUAUGCAAACAGGCACUGGUAGGAGAGGGUCUAAUGGUUUCAGAUGCACUAACUGAAGUUGAUGGCGUGUCUAAAUUGUCAUACAUUGUGGAUGGCAAGGGAUAUCUUAUGGAGUUUUCCCUUUUGUUUUAUGGCUAUUAUGACCACAAGUCUCUCGAGAUAACACCAGGUGUUGGAGUAUAUAAUUUACCUCUGGCAUUCUUGUUGACUACUGGUGCGAUUCUUGUUAUUUGUUUUGUGCUCGUAUCAAGAAAGUUGUUGAAAAAGGACAAAGUAGUCUUUGCUGCUCGACAGAGUUUUCCAUGUACGUGGCUGACAUUAUGUAGCUGGGAUCAUAACAUAGCAGAAUCAACAGUAGCCAAAUACCGAAAACGUACAGUUGUUGACAGCUUGAAGAAUACAGUAACAGCAGACGAGUUGUUGGAAAGAAGCAAAAAGUGGCAACUGUACUUGGUUCGGAUUGUUACCAAUGUGAUUGUCGUGCUCCUUUGUACAAUCAGUGUAGCCGCUGUGUACUUUACUAUAAGCAGUGCCACGUGCCUUUUACAAGCAACAAGUGGAGCAGACCUGACCGUUUACUUCCGUAGUGGACUAGGAGCAUUUCCUCAGUUUUUCUCUGUGUUGAGAGUUCCUCUAGUUGUUAGUGGCUUGAAUCUUGUGUUGCCAGCCGUGUUUGAGUACAUAGCUCAACAAAACUGGGAACGACUUCAUCCCAGAAAUAGACUACUUCUGACGUUUGGAAGAAGUUACAUUAUCUAUCUUGCCAAUUUUGUUGUUGUAUUAGUAACUUUGUCAACACAUCUGAAAUCACCUUCUCAAGCUAAAGAUAUUGAUGGCACUAGUUGCUGUGUGGAUACUGCAUCUAAUACAUUUCCUGUGCUGCUUGAUUUUCCUAGUUGUGCUCACCUUGCAACUGGAAGUGUGUCCGAAGAUAAACUUGUCCAUCUUUCAAAUCUUUGCUGGAACAAUAUAACAUCUACAUCCUCUAGCUCUGAUAUUAUCAAUUUUUUCCCUUGCUUAAACAUGCUUGGACCUGACAGUGGAAACUUAUCUCAUUGCUGGGAGACCGUUAUUGGCCAAGAAUUGUUUCAGCUGCUUAAUGUUGAUAUUCUUAUUGAGAUUUGCAUUGGUAUCUUAGUUCUUGAAUGGGGACGAGCUUUUCUUGUAUCUACUGAUGGGUUCCGUUGCUGUGGGAAGCUGGCAGCAUGGAUUGGAUAUUCUUCAUUUCACACUUCAGAAAAUGUUCUGACCCUGACUUACAAACAAGCAAUUGUUUGGUUGGGCUUCUUUUUUUGCCCUUUUCUUCCUGGUAUUGCCUUACUAGGGAUGUUCAUUCUCUUCUUCUUACGUCUGAUGUCAACUCGCGUGGCUGUUAGACCUUGGCAAGUCUUUAGAGAGAUUCGACACAGCACAAGAAGAUUUUAUAUGCAGGCAUUGUUUUCCAUGCUUAUUGUUGACUUUUGUGCCGUUGGGUACAUCAUUGUUGAGAAAUCACCAUCUACAAACUGUGGACCAUUUAGGAGCUUGCAUUCCAUGGCAGACAUUUUAGUACAAGUGAUAGAAACAUGGCCCUCAUGGUUGGAGACUGUGAUUACAUUUUUCAAGUCUAUAGCAACUGUGUCUCUUAUUAUCCUCAUUUUAUGUUUCCUAGGAUACUAUCAAUGGCAAACUGCUGCUGCAUACAAGAACUUUCAAAAGGAUCUACUCUAUCAGAUGAAAGUGUUGAGAAACAAGAUACAAUCCCAACAAGGUGUAUCAAAUGAGCAAACAUUGCCAAGUCCAAGAAGUUUUGUUUCAAUCACAACACCAGAUGGUCAAGUGAAUCAACUUCAGCUUCCUCGCGUUCUUCCUCCUAUCAGUGAUGUAAAACUUAGAAAUAGAAGAGACCAGAAGAAACAACCACAACUAAAUAGUGCAACUGCAGUUGCUUCAGCACAACACUUGCAAUCACAGGAAGAGAACGUAAUGUCAAGACAACCCAAACGUAACCCAGUCAAAGAAGCUAAGCCAAGAGAAGCUAAAUCAAAGGAGUUACAGAACAAGAAGAGAUCAUCAUAUCAGAGGACACCUUCAAUUGCUACUACUGACAAUGCAAGCGAACCUGCUCAAGAGUUUGAAUAUUUCAAUUCUGGGUUUGAUGAUUUAUAUGCACGCCUGGAUAGUGCUGAACAGGAACAGUUAAAGUGGCCACAGUUAAAGAAGACAGGAGGACAUGGCAGGAAUCCAAAAUCUGCUAUCCCUGCAACAUCUCAGUCAUAUUCUCACGUACAGGUGCCUAGUUACAUGCUGGGUACACAAGGUGAUCCAUAUCAAGAUGACUAUAAUCGGCCUGCUAGUUUCUGGACCACUUUGGGACAGAAUGAGAACUAACAAUCUUUGUGGGCAGCGUUGUUUCAUUACUAGUUUAGAAUAAAUAAAUAUAUGCAUGUUGCUGUGCCUAUUCAUGCUUUGAAGAAAGGAUGUGAAGCUACAAGUUGUAAGUUCAUAAUUAUAUCAUCAUUCUUGUGAAGAAGCAAAUAA